AUGUCUCCUCAGCAGAUCAGCAACCACACGGUCCAUGAGCUUCCGCUGAGAGACGAUGGUUCGCCAGAGCUACCCGGCGAACCAGCCUACAUCUACCUGCCACCGCCAACACAUCCAGCCUACAGCAUUCGCUUCAAAAUCGAUGGCACGAGCUCGAUAUGCAGAGAGGGAAGUCUAUGGGUGAACAUCCCGCCAAAGGGCACCAACUUCGACCGCAAGAAAUUCUACGAAUUCAAACUCAAACCCAGCUUCACCAAGGAAAUACGCAUCGAUGUCCCAGUCCAUUGCGCAGGUGCUUUCGAGUUCUACAGCACGUUUACGCCAUUACCCAAGUUCACCACCGGGCAUGUCGAUCCACCGAAGCCUACGCGAACACCAACACACUACAUCGAUGUUGCACCCCGUCUGCAUGUCGACAAGUCGCCGCUACCUCUUGAUGCCAUCUCGUGCAUCUCGGUGCUGUCCAAGUUCAUGGGCAAGUACCCAGACGACUUCCUUCGCCAUCUGCACGGCAUCAGCGAAAGAGCAUACAACAUGGUCCACUUCACACCUCUCAUGAUGCGUGGUGACAGCAAUUCUCCGUACUCCAUCUACGAUCAGCACACAUUUGACAAGAACAUCUUCAAGAAUGGCGAGGCUGAUAUCGCCGAUCUUAUUGGGAAGAUGGAGCACGAGUACGGCCUUCUUAGUCUGACGGACGUCGUAUGGAACCACACUGCAAACAACAGCAAAUGGCUCGAGGAGCACCCAGAGUCUGGCUACAAUAUCAAGACGGCUCCACAUCUUCGUGCACCUUAUGAGCUCGAUAGUGCAUUCUUGAUGUUCUCAUCGAAGCUCAAGUCGCUGGGCCUCCCUACCCAUCUGACCAGCGCAGAUGACCUCCUGCGGAUCAUGGACGCGGCCAAGAUUCAUGUGAUUGGUGCCAUCAAGCUUUGGGAGUUCUACGUCUGUGAUGCCGACAAGUCCAGCCAGGCGGCCGUCGCGGCUUGGAUGGAAGGUGAUGUCAAGUUCGAUGGCGAGAUUCCGGAUGGCUUGACCAACUGGUCUCUAAAAGAGAAGGCAGACUGGAUCCGCAACAACUGCUGUCCUGGCACGGACAGGAUGGGUGAACGGUUUCGCCGCAACCCAGUGCCUCAGCGUGCUGCAGCACUCCUCACCCACUUGUUUGGCAAGUACAACAAGAAUCAGAACAACUCCGCUGACGAACGCACUGCGUACGGCACCAUGCACCGCUUCUUGAAUGAGAUGAACCUCGACUGGUACAAGGAGUACGACGCCGAUGUUGCCGCCAUCAUCGAGCAAGUGUACAACAGAUGCAAGUACGUGCGACUGGACGAUCAUGGCCCAAAGAUUAGUGAUAUUACCCUCGAAAGUCCACUCAUCGAAUCGUACUUCACCCGCCUACCAGUCAAUGAGACUACAUCGAAGCAUGACCCAGACUCUCUGGCGUUGGCCAACAACGGCUGGGUGUGGGCUGCGGAUGUGAUGAAGGACAAUGCUGGACCCAAGUCAAAGGUCUACCUUCGUCGUGAACUGAUCGUCUGGGGCGACUGUGUCAAGUUGCGAUAUGGUUCAGGUCCAGAUGACAGUCCAUUUCUAUGGAAGUUCAUGGCCGAGUACACGCAACUUAUGGCCAAGCACUUCCAUGGAUUCCGCAUCGACAACUGCCACUCUACGCCUCUCGCUGUCGCAUCGUACAUGCUUGACUGCGCUCGUCUUGUUCGACCGGAUCUUGUCGUUGCUGCCGAGCUCUUCAGCGGUGACGAGAAGAUGGAUUUCCUCUACUGCCAAAAGCUUGGCAUCUGUUUCCUAAUCCGAGAAGCGAUGCAAUGUUGGUCAACUGCCGAAAUGUCGAGGCUGGUGCACAUCAACUGCGGUCGACCUAUUGGGUCUUUUGAGGUGGACGAUGUCUCUAGCGUCGACAAGUCAACCGCGAAUGGAUCCCUUACCAACGGCAGCACACCUCAGGGUCGCGAAAUCGUCCACAAGAUCAUCCCCUCCAAGAUCCACGCGCUACUCAUGGAUUGUACCCACGACAAUGAAACUCCUGUGCAACGCCGCGAUGGUCGCGAUACUUUGCCGACCUCUGCCCUCGUGGCCAUGUGCGCUGCCGCAGCUGGCUCGGUCUUUGGCAUGGACGAGUUGUAUCCACAAUUGAUCGAGCUGGUACACGAGACUCGUCCCUACACUUCCCCGUAUUCCAACCUCAGCCCGGACCAAAGCAUGAAGAUCGGACCAAGCGAAGGUACCGGAGGCGUCAAGCGUCUCUUGAACCAGCUACACACCAUCAUGGGCAAGGACAAGUACGACGAAACAUUCGUGCACCACGAUGGCGAAUACGUCACAGUACAUCGCAUCCACCCCAAAUCCCGAAAGGGAUACUACUUGAUCGCCCACACGGCAUACCCAGGUUAUGGCAAUGGCAACGCAGGCUUUGGACCGCAACGUCUUACUGGGACAAAGGCGAAGCUCCUCGGUGCGUGGUCGCUGGAGUGUGAUCAAAGUUGGGAGGCCAAACAGGCUGCCAUCAACGACAAGGUUCUGCGUGGUAUUCCCAGCCGGACCAAAGAUGUACGUGGCGUGGCGGUCGACAGCCAAGGUGAUGAUACCGUCAUUACCGUGCCAUCGAACUUCCCACCUGGCUCGAUUGUCCUCUGCGAGACCUGGAUACCAGGAGCUGAACACAGCGAAGGCUUAGACAAGUACCUCACGUCUGGUGCUCGCGAAGCCUUCAAGGACUGCAACCUGAACGACAUCAAUGCUAUCAUGUAUCGUGCCGACUCUGAGGAGCAUGCCAUGUCCAAUGGUGCCGACGGUGCUUACGCCAUCCCAGGCAGUGGGCCUCUGGUCUACUGUGGUCUGCAAGGCUGGUGGUCCGUCUUCCGCGAAAUCGUCAGCCACAACGAUCUUGGCCACCCCAUUUGCAACCACCUCCGCGAAGGCCAAUGGGCGCUCGACUACAUUGUCAAUCGUCUAGACAAGCUCGCCGCUCGGCAAGACGGUAUCUACAAGCAUCUCCAUGCUCCAGCAGAUUGGCUCAGAUCGCGUUUCGAUGCGUGUCGCUCAAUGCCCAGCUUCUUGCUGCCGCGUUGCUUUGCCUUGGUUGUUCGCACUGCAAAGAAGGCCGCCACGGACCGUGCGAUUGAGCAAAUGCAUCCAAACAUCCAACACGGUCAGCGUUUCGUUAAGUCUCUCGCCAUGGUGUCCUGCCAAGUCCAAGGCUACAUGGACAACGCCAAGCUCUGGCCUGACAAGCUUGAUCCGUCACUGGCUGCCGGCCUGCCUCACUUUACUCAAGAUUGGGCACGCGUCUGGGGUCGUGACACGAUGAUUGCCAUGCGAGGUCUCCUCACUUGCACUGGUCGCUAUGACGAAGCCAAAGAGCAUCUUCUCUGUUUUGGCAGUCUGAUCAAGCACGGCAUGAUCCCCAACUUGCUCAACUCUGGAAAGCUUCCUCGCUACAACAGCAGAGAUUCUGUUUGGUUCUUCCUACAGAACAUCCAAGACUACAUCUCGCUGUCACCGCAGGGUCAGUUAUUCCUGAAGGAGAAUGUGCGUCGCCGCUUCUUGCCAUAUGACGAUACCUGGUUUGCAUGGGAUGACUCUCGCGCCUACUCGAAGUCCAGCAGCAUCGAGGACAUCAUCCAUGAGUGUCUGCAGCGACACGCCGGUGGCAUGCACUUCCGUGAGUACAACGCCGGACCCGAACUUGACAGUCAGAUGAAGUCGGAAGGCUUCCAGAUCGAUAUCGAGGUGAACUGGAAGAACGGCUUCAUCUACGGCGGCAACGAGUGGAACUGCGGCACUUGGAUGGACAAGAUGGGCGACUCCGUCAGAGCCGGCAACAAGGGUCACCCUGGUACAUCUCGUGAUGGUGCACCUGUCGAGAUAACCGGUCUACAGUACAGUGCCAUCAAGUGGGUUGCCGACCUCAAUGCCGCCGGCAAGUUCAAGUACGAUGGUGUUCAGACAAAGGAUGGGAAGCAUGUGACCUACGCGCAGUGGGCGAAGCUCAUCCGCGACAACUUCGAGCACUACUACUACAUUCCUGUCAACCAAGACGAGUGGUCCAAGUACGACAUCAACCCGGCCAUCGUCAACCGCAGAGGCAUCUACAAGGAUGUCCAUGGCGGCAAGAAAGAAUACAGGGACUACCAGCUACGACCCAACUAUCCAAUCGCCAUGUGCGUGGCGGGCGAUCUCUUCAACGACGCUCACGCUCUGGCUGCGCUCGAGGUGGCUGAUACCUACCUUCGCGGUCCUACUGGUAUGGCGACUCUGGAUCCCAGCGACCUCGAGUACCAUCCCAACUACAUCAACAGCGAGGACAGUGACAACUACCAGACAUGCCAUGGACGCAACUACCACCAAGGUCCUGAGUGGCUUUGGCCUACUGGGUUCUUCUUGCGCGCGCUUCUCAAGUACGACUUGAAGAGGCGCAAGACGCAUGAGGAGCAGGUUGAGGCUUUCCAGCAGGUUACGCAAAGACUCAAGGGGUGCAGGCAGAUGAUUCAUGAUUCGCCUUGGAGGGGGUUGACGGAGUUGACGAACAAGGAUGGCGCGUUCUGUGGGGAUUCGUGCCCGACUCAAGCUUGGUCCGCGGGGUGUAUACUGGACCUCUACGAUGACGCGAGCAAGUACGGUGAGGAUCCCGAGGCGUGA